AUGGGAUCGUCACAGCCGUUUUUCGAUUGGGCUGGAUUCCCAGCCGGGGUGCGCUUCGAGCCGACAGAUGUACAGUUAUUGGAUCAUCUCUUAGCGAAGCUUGACGAGGAGCAUGCUAGUAUAGACGACGAGGAACAGUCUUUAAAGCCCGGCGUUAAGAGGCAAGCUAGCCGAGGAAAAGAGAACAUUGCAGGGGGUGUCGGUAGCAAGCCACGUGUCCACAAGCCGCGCCGGCAGCAGCACCCGCGAGUGGGGGAGUUUAUUCCGACGCUGGGAUUCGAAGACGGGAUCUGCAGCGUUUAUCCCGAGGAUCUGCCUGGCAUUGUCACGGACGGCACCACGCGGCACUACUUCCACCGACCCUCGCGCGCGUAUGCUAUGGGGCUGCGCAAGCGGCGCAAAAUCUUCUCUGAUCGCCCCUCCGCUGCCACUCUGCCGCCCGGCACUGUUGGGGGUGCGGAUGCAGGGCGGGAGGAGUGCGGGUACAGGUGGCACAAGACAGGGAAGACCCGCCCCGUGUUUGCUCGGAACAGGAAGCAGAUCGGGUGGAAGAAGAUUCUGGUGCUGUAUGAGACGCGCGCGCAGAGGGGCAAGAAACGGGGGGCGGACGAGCGGAGCAGCCCUGCAGGGGGCAGCGGGAAGGACAGGAAGACGAACUGGAUCAUGCACCAAUACCACGUGGGGGAGCAAGGCGAGGAGAAGGAAGGGGAGUGGGUCGUCUCGAAGGUGUUUUACCAGAUCCAGCAGAGGCAGAGUUCAGGCACACGAGCAGGCAGCAGGGAGGGGUCUCUGCCGCCCCUUGGCCAAGGGGCAGACGAGGAGUGCGAGGGGGAGGGGAGGGAGGACAUUGAAGCAAUUGGAGAAGGGGAGGGUGCAGGGGGAGAGGAGGAGGAAGGGGAGGAGGAAGAGGUAGUGGAUGAUAUUGAGGAUGUUAAUGACGAGGAUGGGGAUGGGGAUGGGGGUAUGGUAGGGACGCCUAGAGCAACGGUGGCAGGGAGAGGAGGAGGGUUGGUGUCAGGGGCAGGAGGAGGUGCCUUUGUAGCGGCAGGAGGCUCGGUGGUAACAGCAGGAGGUUCGGCUGUGGCGGCUGGACGGAGAGGAAGGGGAGGGCGGGGAGGCAGGGGAGUGAGUCAGGGUGGUCGGGGGGGUUCUUCUAGAGGGGGUAGGGCAGCAAAGGGAGGAGUGCUGGCAACGAGGAGUGCGUUUCAAGGUGCGUUUCAAGCAUCACAACCAUCACAGCCAUCACCCACGUCAGCCCCUGCUGCCUCUUUUGGUCCGCCGUUCCUCCCACCAGGGCACCACUACCCACCACCCUCCCUCGCUGCAGCUUCUCCUGUCUCCACAGCAGCAGGUGCUGCCUCAGGUGCUAUUUCAGGUGCUUUAUCAGGUGCUGAUCUGAUGAAUGCAGCAGAAGCAGCGCCAGCAGGGGCAGCAGGUGCACUAGCAGGGCCUGCUCGGCUGCUCUCCUUCCACAGCCAAGCACCCCCUUGUGGGGUCCAGGAUGGGGCUUUAUUAGGCACAGCAGGACCACCAAACACUGGCGUUCCUGGUAGACGGGUGGGGCUCGGCGGUUUCAAACCCCUUGACACCAAUCCUGCUGCUGCUGGCGCUGCUGCUGCUGCUGCUGCUGAUGAUGAUGGCGGCUGUGCUGCUGAGCCUGUCACUCCAAGCAGCACAGCCAUGCCUGUCCCCAUCACGCCCCCCUCGGCACACUCUGCUUCGGGUCUUGUGGCGUUGAAACCGCCUGGCUGGGGUGGAGAAGCAGGGAGGUUAGUCCCAUGCCAAUUGCAGCAGCAGCAGCAGCAGCAGCAGCAGCAGCAGCAGCAGGAGGAGGAGCAGGAGCAGGAGCAGGCUAACCGCACUGAAGCUGCUACAGCACCUACAGCCGGCACAGGAGUGGGCAGUGCAGGAGCAGGCGUGAGUGACUUGAGGGCGUAUGAACAGUCACUGGGGGACAGUGCCUCAGACAUUGGCUCUCACCCCCACUCACAGGAGCCUCUUUUUCUUCCCCCUCAGGCGUCAGUGCAAACGAUUCCCCCCAUGCGUGCUGCUGCUACUGCCAGUCUGCCUGUUACUGCUCUGAGGACGACCGGGGGGCUUCUGGGGGAUGUAGAUGCAGGGCAGGUGCAUGGCAAUGGGCUGGGGCAGGUGCAUGGGAUGGGGGAUGGGCAGAUGCAUGUUAUGGGGUCUGGGCAGGUGCAGGAUGGGAUGGAGGGGCUGCCUGUUCUCUCCCAAAACGCCCUCUUUUCGCAAGGCGCCCUCUUUUCCCAGGGUACUCCAGAUGAUUACCCCUUCCGCUUCCUCUCUACUCCAGACGAGCACCCUGAUGGCUCUCCCAAGAAAACCGACAAUGGAUCUGUAGCAGGAGGGACUGUAGCAGGAGCGACUAUAGCAGGAGGGAAUGUAGCAGGAGGGAAUGUAGCAGGGGGGACUGUAGCAGGAGGGAAUGUAGCCGCCAGUGUGGCUGUAGCUAAUGCUGCUACAGCCGAUGCAGCGGCUGUAGCAGCACCAGCAACGCCCCAAGUGCCCUCAUCUGCUGACGUGGCAGCCAGUGCUGCCAGCUCAGGGAACAUGGAAGGGAGUUCUGAGGGAGGUACACCUGGGGUAGGCUAUAUUGGUGUGGGUGGUAGUCACGCCACACACCUCAACGCAGGGAGCAGUGAUGGGAGUCGGAGAGGGGGAGAUGCAGAGGGUACAGGGGUGGAAGGCAAAAGCCUGUGGAAGCCUGCCCCUAGAAGAUUCUCCCCCCCUGCUGUUGCCAGGGGUGAUGCUAGGAGUGGUGGUUCUAGGGGCGGCCCUGUGGCUGGUGCUGCUGCAGCAAUCUCUGCUCCUGGUGCUGGUGGUUCAAUUACUGCCGCUGCUGUGAGCGACGCACUAAAAGACUCGCUUAAGGAACCGCUAAGAGACUCACUUAAGGACCCAUGGUCGAUCCCUGCGAGCCAGGAACUGCCUCUGCCGUCCACCCCCAUCUUUCUGAGUCAGGAGCUUCCCCCUAUAGAGCACCUGCCCUCCUCGCUCCCUUCCCUGCCCCCCUCUCAAGAGCCUGUGGUGUGCUUUGGUGGCACUCAACCAGUGGAUUUGGGGGAGGGGGAGGGUGCAGACGGUGGUUUGGGCCGAGAGGUGAGUGUGGGUGAUGGGCCGGGGGGAGUGGGAGAGAGGGGCAUGGGGCAGAUGGAUGGGGAGGGGGAUGGGGGGAUAGGUAAGAUGGGGGCAAUGCGGGAGAUGGGGGAGAAAGGAGGGGAGGAGAGUGAGGGGGAAUCAGAGGAGGCGAUUCAGGAGACUCAAAUGGAGGCAGAGGAGGAGGGUGAUCGAGGGGGGCAUGUGGGACAAGAGGAGCGACAGCAAGAGGUACAGAAGCGGUUCCAGAAAGAGCAACACCACACACAUGAGGAGAAGAAGAGCUGUAGCAGCAGCGGAAACGGCAGCGGCAGUGAGGAGAAGGGCUCGUCACCGUUGGAUCUUCUGAUGCUCGCCCUGUCAGGCGAACAGGGUUUAAGUUAUCCAUUUGCUGUUCUCACCACUGGCGCUGCUGCCAACAGCACACCACCCCUGGCAUCACCCAAUGUUGCUGUUUCGGCUGAAGGGGGGGAUACGAGCAGAGCAGGGCGAGCCAAAUUACUUGGGAGUGAAGCAGGCACGGUGGGGCGUAUGGAAGGGGAAAGGGAAGGGGAAAGGGAAGCUGUGGUUGUUGGCAGUUGUACGGAUGUAGCUGGGGCUAUGGCUAGUGCUGCAGGCGAUUGUGGGGUUGUUCCUGGUGCUGCAGGAGAUUGUGGUGCCGGUGUGCCUGGUGCGGUAGGGAGCGGUGCUGGUGUGCCUGGUGCGGUAGGGAGUGGUGCACUUGGUGCUGCGUUUUGGAUCGGCAGCAGUGGUCCGGGCAUGAGCAACGGCACGUGGGGCGAGUGGAUGGGGCCCGCUAGUAUGGCGAGCACGCACUACGGCGCUUAUCCCGGCCAUUAUCCCGCGGGGCCUCAAGCGGGAGCGUCUUAUCACCAGCAGCCGGCUCACGCCGGUGCUGCUCCUCCGCCUCCUUACGUUGCGCCUCAAGCCCAAGUUCCGUCGCAACCGUAUGCGGUCGUGGGGUCGCAGUACUGCUUACCGUACGAGACUGUGCUUGUAAUGAAGGAGAAGAUGUUCUCGUUAAGCGAAGCGAAGAAGGUCCAAGAUACAAAUGGGAAUCUGCACUUCAAAGUCGCAAACAGGCUGCUAUCCAUUCCCAACAAGACGGAAAUUCAGGACGCCACAGGAGCACCCGUGUGUAUGCUAGUAGGCAAGGUGUUAACUCUGCACAACACCACCUACCUCUGCCCGGGGAGCAGCACAGAAACCGUCGGUCACUUGCUUAGAGCCAGGAGGCCUUACAUCACCUUUCGACCCGUUAUUGAGGUGUUCUUACGGGGCAACGUAACAAAAAACCCAGACAUUUACCUUACUGGCUCCAUUUUCCAGCAUGACUUCAAGAUCAUCACCUGCAACAACAUGCUAUUGGCUGAAGUGAGCCGUGACAUGUUCACUGCACGUGACCUUGUCUUCGGUGUUCAAACAUACUUCUACUGCGUUCCGUACGAGACUACGCUUGUGAUGACGGAGAAGAUGUUCUCGCUUAGGGAUAAAAAAGAGAUUCGCGAUACCAAGGGAAAUCUGCUCUUCAAUGUCGCAGACAGGCUGCUAUCCAUUCCCAGCAAGACCGAGAUUCUGGACGCUACAGGAGCACCCGUGUGCAUGCUAGUAGGCAAGGUGUUUAGCCUCCACAACACCACCUACCUCUGCCCGGGGAGCAGCACGGACACCAACUCUCACCUGCUUAUGGUCAAGAAAGUCAUCUUCACCUUUUGCCCCGUUCUCCAGGUGUUUUUACAGGGGAAUAAUUCGGACCAGCCAGACAUUACCCUUUCUGGCUCGUUCUUUGAACACGAGUUCAAGAUCACCACCAGCAGUGGCGUCCUAUUGGCCGAAGUAGGUCGCGACUUGUUCACUGCAAGGGACCUUCUGUGUCACACCCAAACGUACUAUGUGCGAAUCUUGCCGAAUGUGGACAUGGCGUUGAUCCUGGCUCUGGUUAAUCUGGCCGACUCUAUCUUUGUUGACCAGAAAGGGUCUGGCGUUCACGUUGGCGUCCGUGUUGGUUCGUCACGUUAG